AUGACGACAACCGGUGUUGAGGGCUCCGCCAGGAUGUCAGCCACUCCGUUCUUGCAAGGCAUGGCCCAGCUGCGUCCACCAUCGCCGUUCGACUUCGACAACCCCAGCUCAUGGCCUACAUGGCUGCUGCAGUUCGAGGACUUCUCUUUCGCUACCGGACUUCACGUCGCUCCGGCAGAGGUACAAGUGCACUCCAUGCUUUAUUGUAUGGGCCCGCAAGCCAGGGUUGUCCUCGUGUCGACCACGCUAGGCGAGGCAGAUAUGAAAGACGUCGCCGCCGUGAAGAAGGCUUUCACCCACCACUUCGUGCACUCGCCGAACAAGCUGUACGAGUCAACGCGGUUCCAACGCUGUACGCAGCAAGCUAGUGAAACGGCCGACGCAUUUUUUACGGCGCUCCGGAAAAUGGUCAAGUCCUGCAACUAUCCGUCGCCUGACGUCGAAGAGCGGCUCGUCCGAGAAAAUUUUCUCGUGGGCUUGCUCGACCGCGAACUCUCGGACAAGCUCUGUCGGAACCCGAAAAUGACGCUACACGAAGCGCUUACGUACGUUUGUCAGCACAAAGACUCAGGCACUUACAUCGCUACCCUGUCGUGGCACGGAAAGUCAACCAAGCAGCUUCUCUACGUCCUAGCAACCAAGACGGUCCCGCUGCUAGGCUUCCCGGGAAUCCAAGCCUUGGGCGUCUGCACGUUUGUUGACGAAGUCGCGAGGACUUCACAGCCCACUGGCGACUUUUGUCCCGAUCCCAGUCUCUUCCGAGGACUUGGGACGCUCCCCGAAGCCUACACUAUCAGGCUGCAACCCAAUGCUACGCCUUUCUCGUUGAGCGUACCCCGGUGCAUUCCACUCCCUCUCCGCGGCGUCGUCAAGACUGAGCUAGACAAGCUAGAAGCGGAGGGCAUGAUUCGUCGAGUGGACACACCCACUGACUGGUGUGCUGGGCUGGUUGUCGUCCCCAAGGUCUCGGGCGGCUAUCGGCUGUGCGUGGACUUGACUCGCCUCAAUAAGUGGAACAAUGCCUCAGGAUUGCUCGGAGAGGCUACAGUUUUCUCCAAGCUAGACACCACGUCAAGCUUCCACCAGGUCAAGCUGUCCCCCGAGUCCCAAGAAUUGACCACAUUUAUAAUCCCGUUUGGACGCUAUUGUUUUCUCCGGCUGCCGUUUGGGAUCACGUCUGCACCGGAAUACUUCCAGCGGCAGAUGUCCCGGAUCCUCGAAGGCCAAGCGGGUGUGGUGAACAAGAUUGACGACAUCCUCGUCUUUGGGAAGACACGCUCCGAGCAUGACCGCCGUCUCCGACAAGUCAUGGACCGGCUAGCAAAAGCAGGACUCACUCCAUUUACCCCAGGUGUGUCCCGGUAUGCCAAAAGUGCCAGGUAG